AUGGCGACCUAUGAAGGGGCGAUUGAUGCACUAAACUCUUUGCAAUCCAAUGCAGCCACGCUCGAAGCCAUCCGCAAAAGUGGGAGAACAGUGAAUGAGCAAAAUGAACAGGAAAUGACAGAGUACCUGAGCCGGAUAGGGCAUACGCGAAAAGAGCUGGACAACAUCAAUGUGCUGCAUAUCACAGGCACAAAAGGCAAAGGAUCUACAGCCGCAUUUCUGGAUGCAAUCCUUCGUGCGGUGCGGCCUGUAGGAACAGAAAAGAUUGGAUUGUAUACGUCGCCCCAUAUGGUUGCUGCGCGUGAACGAAUCCGGAUUGAUGGAGUCCCACUUUCGGAGUCCGAGUUUGCCCGGUACUUUUGGGAGGUGUGGGACAAUCUGGCACACAACACGACGCGCCAAUAUGAAACAACACCGCUGCGUCCCAUGUAUUUUCGAUUCAUGACACUGCUCGCAUUCCAUGUAUUCAUCUCUAAGAAGGUAUCUGCUACGCUUCUAGAAGUGGGUAUUGGAGGAUUGUACGACUCUACAAAUAUUGUACAGCAUCCCAUCGCUACUGGCGUCACGGCGCUGGGUUUGGAUCACACGGCGCUGCUUGGGAAUACCAUCGAGGAAAUCGCACUGCAAAAAGCGGGUAUAUUUAAGGAGGGCGCGCCCGCAUUUUCCACGCCGCAGCCCAGUAGUGCAGAGGCAACGCUGGAGGCCUAUGCGACAAAAAUUCGCGCGUCGAGCUUUGAAAUUGUGCAAGAACCGGAGGGUAUGGGCACCGUCGAGUUGGGCCUUCCUGGAGAGCACCAGCGCGCGAAUGCAAGUAUGGCCGUCGCGCUUGCACGCGCAUUUUCUGUUUCCGAUGCGGGCAAACAGCUGUAUCCCGGUGCGAUCGCAAAGCUUGGAGCGCUGCAAGCGCCGCUGACCAAGACGCUGUGCACGGCGCUGCACGAUGCAUUUUGGCCUGGGCGAUGCCAGCGAGUCGACGCACAGACUAUGUGUGGUGCAAAGUAUUACUUGGACGGCGCGCACACAUUGGAAAGCAUUACGUUUGCCGUGCGAUGGUUUGUGUCCCAAGUCGUUGAAAAGCAAGCGCCGCGCGUUUUCAUCUUUAACUGUACCAAUGGGCGCUCGGGACAAAUGCUCUUGCAGACUCUAUUCGAUGAGCUAAAGCGCAGCACGAAAAAUUCGCGCGCAUUUUUCAAGCGCGUAUACUUUUGCACGAACAAUACCUACGCCGACGGUAACUCCAAGAACGAUCUCGUUUCGCAUUCAGUGGACCCAGAUAUUCUAAAGAGCUUGUCUAUGCAGCAAGAGCUUGCUGGAGAAUGGUGCACCUUGCUUGAUAUCACGCAAGUGAUGCAUGUCACGGCAGAUGGGCUGUGCGUCGAAGCGGACGAUGCGUCUGUGCAUGUGGUCCCGAGUAUCGAGCAUGCUAUGGAUGGAAUAAAAAAUAUGCAUUCGGCUGCAGAUGUAUUUGUUGCCGGUAGCUUGCAUUUAGUCGGCGGUGUAAUGGCGCAUUUGCAAGCACAGGGCGUGUUGGACGAUAGCCUGCGCGAAAAGAUUGCGCCUCGCUGA